AUGGUUGAUUAUUCAUUCGUUCCUUCAGUCGAUGAAAACAAACGAUUAACUGGCCUGUUCUGGGCCGAUGGUUUGUGCAAACGUAACUAUGCUGAGUUUGGAGAUGUCAUAUCGUUUGAUGCUACAUUUAAAACCAACAAGUAUAAAAUGGUUUUUGUACCUUUUACUGGUAUUGAUAACCACUGUCGGAAUGUGACGCUUGGAGCCGGGUUGCUAGCAUCCGAAAGCAUUGAAUCAUACAAGUGGCUUUUACAAUCAUUUUUGGACUCAUUUGGUAAGCAGCCGAAGGUGGUCGUCACUGAUCAGGAUCCCGCGAUGAAACAAGCUAUCGAAGCAGUGUUCGAUAAGAGUAGGCACAGAUUAUGUAUAUGGCACAUAAUGAAGAAACUUGCUGAUAAGGUGGGACAUGAGUUGUGUAACAACGAAGAGUUCAAGAGACGUAUGUGUGACAUUGUAUGGACUGAUUCGAUUGCGCCAGAAACGUUUGAGAUAGAAUGGAAGCUGAUAAUGAUUGAAUUCGGUCGAACCGAGAAUAAAUGGAUUGAUGAUAUGAUUGGCAUGAGAUCUUCGUGGAGUCCAGCUUUCUAUCACGUGCAAAGAUUCAACCAUCGGAAGAAUGACCAUAUAUCUAGAAAUACAACCCCAGAUAACUUUUUUGAAUCUACUUUAGAGGAUGAUGCUAUGAAAAUUUACGCCAGGUCAAUUUUUGUUGAUCAAGAGUUAGAGUUACAAGGAACACUGUCCGAGUGCCUUCCUACGGAGACUAAAAUUGAGGAACCGUUUUUGAAGAUAAGUUUGUUUCAAGAAGGGGGAGGAUGUAAUUGCAUCAUGCAGUUGUCGGAGAUGUUCAAAGUGAAAGAAACUCCUAACAAGUACGUUAUGAGGAGAUGGACCAAAGACGUGGUACCGAAUGAUCUAAAUAAUACAUUUGAUUUAAGUGUUGAUGAUAAUGAUGCGCAUAAAAAGGCCAAAGAGGUUGCGUAUGAGAUAAUGUAG